UUGAAUAUAAUAUGAUUUAUUAUUAAUCAAUUAUUAUGGUAAUUAUGAUUUUAUAAAUAAUAUGUAUUUUUAAUUUUGUGUUUCAAUAAUGUAUUGUAUAAAUGCGAAUAAACAUAUUUUAUGUUGUCAGAAAUGACAACAUUGCUAUGAAGAUGGCGCACUGCGCAGUACAAGAGUACAACUUUACUGGUACAACCAUUGUUCUAUGGUACUAGUUUGGUGUCCUUAUUUUAGUCUUCAUGGAUCGAUCAAUAAUUUUUUGAUAUUCUUAUCAGUCAUCAUCGAUAAGUGAUAACAUAAAUUCGAAAAAUCACUGUCUAGAAAGUGUCCAUUGUUAGAAAAUGUGGAAUAUGGAUCUUAAUUUAUAAUUAUUAUUUAUUUAAUAGAUACUUCUACAUGUUUAUUGUUUUUUGUUACUUCAUAACUGUUAUAGUUGUUAAUUUAAUAACCUAAUCAUUUGUUGAUGAAUUUAGUACCUAUAGCGUUUCAACAAAAUAACUUAUUUUCGAAUUUAGAAUGAUGCCAUGACCUUUUCUAUUUUAGCCUAGGUACUGCAACUAUGUGUGAAUGAACUAAGGAUUUUUAAACUUAAGUUCUCACUGUGGCUUUCAAUAUGGAAAGCGAUAACCUUUUAACAGGAGGGAUGGGUUUAUUAUUACGAUAUGCAAGUCAGAAUUCAUUGGAUGAAAGUUCUCAAAAACAAGUACCAAGGUCAGGGAGACGUGAACGAACUCCAUAUAGAAAUAGCUCUCAUACAGUUCGUGCAUUUGAAGUUCUACAAUCUUUGCGAAGAGAUGAAGUUUUUUGUGAUAUUAAAUUAGAAACGGAUGAUAAUACAGUAGUAUUUGGACACAAAGUUGUUUUAGCAUCUGCUAGUCCUUAUUUCCAUGCUAUGUUCACGAGUUUUGAGGAGAGCAGUAAAGAUCAUGUAAUUAUUAGAGAAUUGGAUUCUACAGCAUUAAAACUCCUAGUAGAUUUUAUUUAUACUGCCCAAAUAAUGGUCAGUGAAGAAAAUGUACAGGUAUUAUUGCCAGCAGCAAAUCUCUUACAAUUACACGAUGUACAAGAUGCAUGUUGUGAUUUUUUACAAUCACAACUGCACCCUACAAAUUGUCUUGGUAUCAAAGCAUUUGCCGAUUUACAUGGCUGUAUGGAACUAUUGUCUAGUUCUGAAUCAUAUAUUCAACAACACUUUUCAGAAGUGGUUGAAGGUGACGAGUUCCUAUCCUUAUCAUCCGAACAAGUAGUUAAGUUAAUCUCCAGUGAUGAACUCACAGUUCCAUCUGAAGAAAAAGUAUUUGAAUGUGUUAUUUGUUGGGUUAAUUAUGAAUCAAGUUGUAGAAAAGAUAUGUUGCCUAAAUUAAUGGAGCAUGUUCGUUUGCCUUUAGCAUCAAAAGAAUAUUUACUUAAGAGAGUUGAAGAGGAACCUCUUCUUAAAAAUAGUCUUGAAUGCAAAGACUAUAUAAUUGAAGCUUUAAAUUUUCAUUUACUCAAGUCUGAACAGCCUGGUACUAUUCCAAAAACCAUUCGUACCAAGCCUAGACAACCUGUUGGUUUACCUAAAGUAACUUUUUCUUGUGAUUUAUUUAGUUUUAAAAUUAAUAUAUCCAUUUAUACAUUACAGAUAAUACUAGUGGUUGGUGGACAAGCGCCUAAAGCCAUUCGAAGUGUAGAAUGGUAUGACCCAGCAACCAAUCGAUGGCAGUCUGGACCUGAAAUGAGUACGCGCCGUUGUAGAGCUGGCCUAGCUGUAUUAAAAGAUCGUCGUGUAUUUGCUGUGGGUGGUUUUAAUGGUUCAUUAAGGGUUCGUACAGUUGAUAUGCUUGAUUUGUCAUCACCAUCACCUUGUUGGGUACCAACAGUUGCCAUGUUAGCUAGACGAGGAACUUUAGGAGUGGCUGUAUUAGAUAAUUGUAUAUAUGCUGUUGGUGGGUUUGAUGGCACUAGUGGUUUAAAUAGUGCAGAAGUUUUUGACUGCAGCACUCAAGAAUGGAGAAUGGUAUCUAGUAUGUCAACCAGAAGAAGUAGUGUUGGUGUUGGAGUCCUUAAUAAUCUUUUAUAUGCGGUAGGAGGUUAUGAUGGAUUAUCAAGGCAGUGUUUAAAAUCUGUUGAAUGUUAUCAUCCCAGUACUGAUACAUGGACUCCAGUCGCAGAAAUGUGUGUACGUCGCAGUGGCGCUGGUGUAGGAAUCUUAGACGGUGUAAUGUAUGCUGUCGGUGGUCAUGAUGGACCUGAAGUUCGUAAUAGUGUUGAAGCAUAUAGACCAAGUACUGGAGUUUGGACUUCUAUUGCUGAUAUGCAUAUGUGUCGAAGAAAUGCUGGAGUAAUUGCAUUAGAUGGGUUAUUAUAUGUUGUGGGCGGUGAUGAUGGAGCUUCUAAUUUGGCUUCCAUUGAAAUUUACAAUCCCAACACCAAUACAUGGUCCAUGUUAACAGCCUCUAUGAAUAUUGGCCGAAGUUAUGCCGGAGUGGUAGUCAUUGAUAAGCCUCCACAUUUUAAUAAUUAAAUGGUAUACAGGUGUAUUAUUGUUAAAUUAUCUAGUUUAGGUAAUGUGAAUAUUUUGUUAUAAUGUUUAUACAUAAUUUAAGUUAACAGAAUAAAAUAGAAUCAAAUUAGUAAGCCAUGUAGUUAAUUAAAUUAUAAUAUGAAUAUUAAUAUGUAAAAGUUUAUUAAUGUUUUUUCAUACAAUUUGAUAAUAUACAAUCAAACAUGUUUUUA